UGUCAGAAGAAGGUCCCGGGCCCCCCGGCGGCAGUUGUUGCCAUGGCAGCAGGAGCAGUUUCCGCUCCUCUCAUCAUCCCCAUCAUCCAGCUUCCGACACACCGAGUCAAGAACCACAUUGACACCAGAACACCUGUCUCCAUCCAGUCAGACUCCGCAGGUGCGCUGCUCUUCUUCACAUUGGAUGGCUCGAGGCCGGAGGUGGGACCACGGGGCUCAGCAGGUGGCAGCAGGAAGUACACCAAGCCCAUCCUGUUGCCUGCAGGGCAGGUGUCCAUCAGAGCGGUGGCGGUCACCAUUGACGGCAGACAGAGCUCCAUUGUGAGCAAGGUCUUCUAUGUGGACCAGCUGGACUCCAGCAGCACAGCGGAGAACCAGGAAGAUGUUUUGGAGAACCUAAGGGCCUUGCAGAUCAACGUGGAGCUGAUGAUGAGACGCAGCAAUGGAGACGAGCUGCAGUGUUGCGGACCAACGGAGGAUGAUGGACAGAAGCCCUCCUCCAUCAUCAGGUCCUCGCUUCCUAAACAGUCGGCUGGGGUCAGAGACUGUCCGUGCUGCCUGGACCAGUUCGUCCCGGCGAUCCCAGACUCACGGGAUGUGAAGAAGCUGAGCAGUACGCAGGAACGCCAAGUGCAGCGAGAAACUGACUUCCUGCGGUGCGCUUGCUGUCUCAGCUUUCUUCCAUCAGACCCAUUUGCCCGGUUCUGUGCACAAUGUGGAGCUGUGGCUCCUCUUUUCCUCUGUGGUCAGUGGCUUCCCCCUGCCGAGGGCGCACAGAUGCGGCUGUGUGUCACCUGUAAAUCUCUGGUCCCCAUCAAUACGAGGACCUGUUUGAUCUGCGAGGCGUCCAUUGGUCCACAGACGCAGCCCCAGGCCCACCUUACUCUAAAGGAUCAUCUGGUUUGCGUUUCCUGUGGAAGUGGGAAUCCAGCUCACACCUCCAGGUGUUUGACCUGCGACGACCUGUUGUUGCUGCAGGUGGGAUGUAGUGGGAACAGUGCUCCCUCUGUCCACGCCACACACAGCAGGAUGUUUACCUGCUCCAGGUGUAAACGUCUGAAUCGCAGCAACGCCAGAUUCUGUGACUGGUGCAGCUCCAAGCUCACACGUUCAGUCAGCUGUGUAGAGUGUUGGCGAUGUGGAGCGAGUGGACAUCCAUACGCUUUGUACUGUGCUGCCUGUGGCGUCUUCCUUGAAGGGCCAGCCCCGCCCACUUCCUCCAGUAACAGCAUCCAGCCUAUCACAUGUGACGCCGCUAGUGGGGCUACGACAGAGUAUUCCCAUAAUGCCACGAGGCAGGCAGCACCUUUCUCAAAGACUCUGCCCAGUACAAAUGUGACCCCGCCCACUAUCACACAGUCUACGCAAACUGUAGGACUCUAUUACCCAUCAGCCAUUGAGCUGCAGAGGAAGGAGCAACAGAGUAUGUUAAAGGUCAGCAGACUGCUGGCGACUACAAACCACCGCCCACCGCUGACCACCAUCAGCCCAGGACGAGGGUUUUGGAGGAAGCAGCUGGAUCAUGUGUGUGCUCAUCUGAGAAGUUACACCCAGAACAAUGUUCCUUUCAGGGCUCUGCUUGGAGAACCCCGUCUGGGCCAGAUGGUUUCUGCUGUGAUUCAGGAAGAUCCACAUGAAGUCAGUCUGACCAUCAGCUUCAUGUUGUCCAGACAGAAAGAACCACAGGGAGGUCCUGACAGGGUCUGUGGUGGACUAGAUGGUGGAGGACCUGGACCAGCCAGUCCAACAGAGACUCUGAGUCGUGUCACAGAGCGGUUUGCAAACAGCAACUUCCACAGUGUGAGAAAACUCAACCCCAACUCGACAGACAAACCUUUGUGGCUGCAGGUGACCGACAGUCAGCUGCUGAAAGAGCUGGGUCCAAGCAGAGGUCGGAUCAGGACCAUCCAGCAGCUCCUGGAUCAGGGGGCGAACCCAUCCUGUUGUGGGGGGGAUGGAAGACACGCCCUGCUGGUGGCCGUGGUCAACGGUCAUCAUGAUGUACUUCCUGUUUUAGUGCAGAGAGGAGCUGAUGUGGACCAGCAGUCUGGACCGAUGAAGAACACAGCUCUGCAUGAAGCUGCUGCUUUGGGCUCUGAAGGACUGCAGAGCGCUGCGCUUCUGCUCAGGUGUAAGGCGAGCGUGAGACUGAAGAACGCUGCUGGUCAGAUGGCGUACGACUUGGCGGUCAAGUCCGGCUGCAGCGACAUGGUGUCGGUUCUGGCGGCUCAGACCGGACCGGACAUUCAGGGAAGACCCCGACUGAACCUGGAUGUCUUCUGA